UCUCUCUCUCUCUCUCUCUCUCUCUCUCUCUCUCUCUCUCUCUCUCUCUCUCUCUCCUUCUUCUUCUUCUCUUCAGUUUCGGCGUGCUGAGGAAGACGCUUGAGAUAUAUCAUCAUCACAGCGACAGAUUUGGAUAGGUCAAACUCAAAACUUAAGUCGGUCUAUCUCUUUCUGAAACAUAUCUCAUGCUUGGUUUCUCUAUCUCGGCGGAGGAGGAGGAUUUGGUUUGUGUCUGUACACGGCGGAGUUACGGCGGUGAUACGCCAAUGGGUUUUUCAAAAAGCGAAGAUUUUUCUUAGAUCUUCGAUGAGAAAGCACGAGGCUUUGUGAUUUUGGUGGUUUUUGAUUUUUGUUGGGGUUUUGAUUUUUUAAGAAUCCGAUGAAGGCGUUACGGAGAAGCUAUACUUCAACGUCUUCAGCUAAUUCUUCUUCUUCAUCGUCUUCUUCGUUACCAUCUUCUUCUUCGUCUUCACCUCCUUCUAAUUCUAAUUCAUGUUCUUCGAAUUCGUCUUCUUCGUCGUCUUCUUCGUCGUCUUCUUCGUGGAUCCAUAUACGAUCGGUUCUCUUUGUGGCUAAUCCUGCGUCUCCAUCUUCAGUUACUUCUUCCGAUCGAAGCAGGCGUAAAUCACCGUGGUCUCGCCGGAAAAGGAAGUGGGCAUUGACGUCACAUCAAUGGAGGAGUUUAUUUACACCGGAGGGCAAACUCCGUGAUGGUGGGGUUGGAUUUCUGAAGAAAGUUAGAAGCAGAGGUGUUGAGCCAAGUAUUCGUGCUGAAGUGUGGCUAUUCUUACUCGGAGUCUAUGAUUUGAACAGUACUAGUGAAGAAAGAGAAGCGGUUAAAACUCAAAAAAGGAAUGAGUAUGAGAAACUACAGAGACGGUGCCAGAUGCUUCUUAAGUGCGGCAAUGGAAGUACUGAUAAUCUUGAGGAACUUCCUUCUGAGGACGUAAAUAGUCAAUGUGUUCAAUUCGUGGAUGAUUAUAAUAAGAUUACGGAACCAAUGACAAGUCAAGAUGUGGUCUCUGCUUUGAACACUGACUCUUCAGACUCUUGUGAAGAAAAUGAGGAUGUUCUACUACUCCCAUCUUUUGUAUACAGUGAUGCGAAAAAACCAAAGGAGGAUACUAGUAAUAACAGUUCUGAAGAGAGUAGUUCGCCUCUUGUAGCUACUACUGAUGAGAUCCAAGUAGAAGUCGCUGUACAUGAAGACUUCUCUACAUGGCAACGUAUUAUCCGGCUUGAUGCUUUACGGGCGGAUUCUGAGUGGGCAACUUAUUCUCCAUAUUCAACUGCAGUCACAGAAAGUAAAGCUCGCAGUUUAGCUGAGUCUGUGGGGUUAAAAGACUAUGAUCACUUAGAAAGCUGUAGACUUUACCACGCUGCACGGCUAGUUGCAAUUCUUGAAGCAUAUGCUAUGUAUGAUCCUGAGAUAGGCUACUGCCAAGGAAUGAGCGAUCUGCUAUCUCCCAUCCUCGCUGUGAUCUCAGAGGAUCACGAGGCUUUCUGGUGCUUUGUGGGUUUCAUGAAGAAAGCUCGGCAUAAUUUCAGGCUUGAUGAAGCAGGGAUUCAAAGACAGCUAAGUAUUGUAUCAAAGAUCAUAAAAAACAAAGACUCUCAGCUUUACAAACACUUGGAGAAUCUUCAAGCCGAGGAUUGUAGUUUCGUUUACAGGAUGGUGCUUGUGAUGUUUAGGAGGGAGUUGAGUUUUGAACAGACGCUAUGUCUCUGGGAAGUUAUGUGGGCUGAUCAAGCUGCUAUUAGAGCUGGAGUAGGGAAAUCGCCAUGGAGCAGAAUCCGGCAACAAGCACCACCAACUGAUGAUCUCUUGCUCUAUGCAAUCGCAGCAUUAGUACUACGUAGGAAACUGAUUAUACAGAAGUACAGUAGUAUGGAUGAGAUUGUGGAAGAGUGUAACAGCAUGGCUGGUCAGCUUAAUGUCUGGAAGCUUUUAGAUGAUGCGCAUCAUCUUGUCGUCACUCUCCACGACAAGAUUGAAACUCUUUCUUCCCAAUCUCAGAGCAUUUGAUGAAGUCUCUCAAAGCCAGAAAUGAAGUGUUUCCACCACACAAAGCCCUUGCACUCGUCUGGCUGUGUUUUGUCAAGGUCUAAGGUUUGUUGCGGUUUGAUUCGGUUCUUACCGUUUCUACCCCCUCUCUUCUCUCUUUUUUUGUUUCCUCAUCACACAGAGAACACAAUACUACUAUCCUUACCACUUUUAUUGUAGUACUAAUGAAAAAGACAAGACAAAAAUUCCUGUUAAAAUGUAACGGAUGAGUCUGAAACUGUCGUUUCCACAAUUGUAUUGAUAUUGUUUCCUCAA